AUGGUGUGGCUUUCGGUAGGUAGAAACUAUGUCGCAUCCGCCAGGUACAAAGCAAUAGUUUGCCAGACACCUUGUGUACCAACAUACGCUUUGAUGCUUGGUGUUAGACGGUCCUUUGCAUCGCAUACCUCUUCAGCAAGGCCUGUGGGAAGACUUGUUGAAUGGAAAACUAGCAUUCCUCAGCGCACCACAAGCAACGUCUUCACGCAUGCGACACGCGCCAAAACGACAAUGCCUGCCUUGAAACGAUCCGCAAAAGAAGCAAAGCUUGCAGAUGAAGACUCGCACAAAAAUCUCCCUUCAAAGCGGUUAUCAUACUCACGCUCAGAACUCGGACACACGACGACAAAGCGCGCAAAGCAAGUCGACGAAAAUCUGCCCUAUGACCAACUCCAGGAAGCCCUUGGUGCGCAGGUUGAAGUCAAGCAGGUGGACAAGGUCGCACACUGGUUCCAUCCCAAGGAUCUUCGUAUCCAAGACAACACAGCACUCCACCAUGCCUCGCAACUUGCGCAAAAGAACAAACAACACCUCGUCUGCGUCUAUGUCAAUUGCGCGGCAGAUGAAAGCUGGCACGGUACAAGCGCUGCGAGAGUAGACUUCAUGUAUGAGGGUCUGAAGCUCAUUCAAAAAGAACUCAAAGACCUCAAUAUUCCGCUUGUCUUUCUCGAAUGCGAAAACCGCAAGGACAUUGUAUCCACGGUAAUCUCCUGGUUCAAAGAACAAGGUGUUAGUCAUGUUUUUGGCAACAUCGAAUACGAAAUCGACGAAAUACGUCGGGACAUCAAACUUGUAAAGACGAUAGGAGACGACAUUCAAGUCUCACUCCACCACGACCAGACCGUUGUAGAACCUGGCACCAUGCUCACAGGCAGCGGCAAGCCAAUGAAGAUCUUCACACCAUACUUCAAAGCCUGGCUAGACAUUGUGAAAGACCAACCCUCGCUCCUCGACACAAACCCUCCUCCUGCCGUCAACCCCGCCUCUGCGAAACAGGACCUAGAAUCCCUCUUCGACACACCGGCACCGAGGCCUGCAAAAGACAAACAAUUCGAAAACGAUGAGGAUAAGAAACGAAUCCGCAAAUUUUGGCCCCCAGGCUACACGGCAGCCUCGACGCGCAUGGACAAGUUCCUCAAACACAUCCCCAACUACGCCGCCACCCGCUCCGACCCCUCCAAAGACUCGACCUCGCGCCUCUCCCCUUACUUUUCCGCAGGCAUGUACAGCGUACGCAGCGCCCUCCGCAAAGUCACAGAUUACAACCGGGGCUCCACCGACUUCCGCGAGUCCGCCGCCUCAGCCGGCGUCUACGCCUGGGUGCGCGAAAUCGUCUUCCGCGAACUCUACCGCCAAACCACACUCUGCACGCCCCAUACGUCGAUGAAUCUCCCACAAAACCUCAAAUUCAACUCGGUCCGCUGGGAAGAUAAUGAAGACCACUGGCAGGCCUGGAUCAAUGGCCAAACAGGCGUCCCCUUUGUCGACGCCGGCAUGCGCCAACUCGCCCACGAAGCCUGGAUGCACAACCGCUUGCGCAUGAAUGUCUCCUCGUACCUCUACUGCAACCUCCUGCUCGACUACCGCCGCGGCGAACGCUACUUCGCCGAGACCCUCAUCGACUGGGAUCUCGGCAACAACACCCAAGGCUGGGAGCCCAGCUACACCGUCUUCAACCCAACCUCCCAGGCCGAGAAGAACGACCCCGACGGCGCUUUUAUCCGCAAGUGGGUGCCCGAGUUGCGCAAUGUACAGGGCAAAGCCGUGUUUGCGCCGCACGAGCGCUUGUCCGGCACCGAAUUUGAGCAAUUGGGCUAUCCGAGGCCGUGUGUGGAUUGGAGGCAGACCAAGGAGAGGUGUCUGAGCCGGUUUAAACGGGAUAUGAGCGGGGUUGAGAUUUAA